CCGCAUCGGAGAAGAGAAGAAAGGAGAGAUGGAGAUGGAGGGUGACAGUCUCAGAAACCCUAAUGGAGUUCCGAACCAGAAAGGAGAAAGUAGAAUUGCGAAUUCCAAGCCAAAACUAGUCGUGAUAAUGGGAGCAACUGGUUCGGGGAAAUCUCGUCUCGCCAUUGACCUAGCUUCACUAUUUCCUAUUGAAAUCAUUAACGCCGAUUCCAUGCAGGUGUAUGAAGGAUUAGAUGUUCUCACCAACAAAGUUCCACUUCACGAUCAGAGAGGAGUGCCGCACCAUCUCUUGGGUACGAUCAGCCCUAUGGUCGAGUUCACUGCAAAGGAUUUUAGGGAUUAUGCGAUUCCCCUUAUCAAUGAUAUAACAUCCAGGAACCACUUGCCAGUCAUUGUUGGAGGCACAAAUUAUUAUAUUCAGGCACUUGUCAGUCAUUUUCUUUUGGAUGACUCACUUGAAGAUACAGAUGAAAGCUGCUUAGGUGAAACUUAUGGAGAUAAACAACAACAUAUUGCAGUUAUGCCAGAGCAAGGAAAUUUUAGCUAUAGUUAUGAUAGUCUGAAGGAUCUUGAUCCAGUUGCAGCAAAUAGAAUUCAUCCAAAUGACCAUAGAAAGAUACGUCAAUACCUUCGUUUAUAUGCUUGCUCUGGUGUUCUUCCUAGCAAAUAUCUUCAGGAGCAGACCAUGGAGAACUGGGGCAAUGCUGAUAGUUUGAGAUACAACUGUUGUUUUAUAUGCGUGGAUGCUUCUCUCACUGUUAUAGACAAAUAUGUGGAGCAGAGGGUAGAUCAGAUGGUCGAUUCAGGUUUGCUUCAGGAAGUUUAUGAUAUUUUCAACCCCGAUGCGGAUUACACUCGAGGUUUACGGCAAGCCAUUGGUGUCAGGGAGUUUGAGCAUUUCUUAAAAGCUUAUCUCUCCGUAGGUCAAAGUGGCACAGAAAAUGGUAUCAUUGACCAAGUGUCAGCAGUUAAAUAUGUUGAAAAGUUAAAAGAAAACAUGAAUACAGUUUUGAGUACUGCCGGUGAGGACCCACUGAAACAGCUUCUUCAAGAUGCCAUUGACAAAGUGAAGUUGAAUACCAAAAGACUUGUUCGUCGUCAGAAAAGAAGGCUUGUUCGGCUGCAAACAUUGUUUGGGUGGAAGAUACAUUAUGUUGAUGCAACAAAAUGUCUUUCAUGUUUAUCGGAAGAGUCAUGGACUGUAAAUGUGGUUGAACCUUCAAUCCAAAUUAUCAAAUCUUAUUUUGAUAAGAGCACACAUUUGGUGCCUGAUUUCGAGGCAAGCAAUGAUACCAAAGGAUCAAAAUUGAUAGAUCGGGAUUUGUGGACACAACACAUAUGCAAGGCAUGUGGGAAUAAGGUGCUUAGAGGGGCAUACGAAUGGGAACAACAUAAACAAGGCCGGAGUCAUCGCAAAAGAGUUUGCCGGCUUAGGAAGUCCGGAGUCUCUGGCUUGGAUGACUAACAGGAUCAAUGGCACACAGGUAAUUAUUUGAGCCAUUAAUAUGUGAUUUAAGGAUCGAAAUGGUUGAAUUUUGUAGUUUAUUAGAAUUAUUAUAACAUAUAAAGUGUCGCAAACGGCUUUUGUUAAAGCUGCAUUAGGUUCAGCUCAAAUUACAUAAAUUUAGUUUAAACCCGAAAAUAUGCAAACACAUAUUCAUGCAUAGAAUGUUGUAAUAUGAAUCCAUGUUACAUAUUGAUGCUGCACAAAAGGGUUGACAUCAAUGGGGUGUUCACUCAUGCUUUAGGCCAUACCUCUUCAUUUGACUAUGCUUUAGGCCUAGGGACGUUCCAGUCUUUUUGGAAGCCGUGUUACACCUAAAGCUUUUGAUUACACCGCAAAAUGAGAUAACAAAGAUUCAUUACAGAAGCGAUGA